AUGACCGACGCACCAACCAAGGCCCCUGCAGCAGAAACCUCGGAAGGUGCAGAGGAUGAGCCUGAUUCAAAGCUAGAAGCACAGACGAAAGAAGAGCCUGAAGAGACUGUCACCGUGUCUGAUGUAACACGAGAAGAAGCCGCCUGGGAGUCCUUCUCAGAAGAGGAGCCUGCGCCCAAGAAACCAAAGGUGUCGGUCGCGCCCACCGCCGCAAAGACCAAGAAGGCUGCUCCCAAGGGACAAGGAAACAUCAUGUCCUUCUUUUCCAAGAAAUGA